AUGACUAAGCGGAAUGUAUUCCAGUGGUGUGGUCAACUGACUGGUCAUUAUCCGGUCUGUGGCUAUCUGCGCCCUUUGGCUAGCUGGCUGAAGCGCUUGGCGUCUGCAACAACGGAUGCCUGGGAUGCAGCUGUCCCCCAGGAGUUGUGCGACCUUUGCCACGAUGCGGCAAAGCGUGUGGAGGGCGACGACCCUGUUCAUGGAGCCUGGACUGCGGACGAUCCCCAAGACUGGCGUGUUUGGUGCGACGCCUCCAGCAUUGCCUACGGUGUCGUGCUCGAAGCUGAUGGUACUGUACUCGAAGACCAGUCGUGGCUCCGCGGUGCCACCGAUAAACGCCACAUCAACGUCGCCGAGCUAGAUGCCGUGGUAAAGGGCCUCACUCUCGCGUCGUCUUGGCGUAUCCCGAAGUUGUGCAUCAUGACCGACUCCCAGACGGUGCAUGGGUGGCUGCGUUCUCUGUUCGACAACAUCAAGCGGGUUCACGUCAGUGGGUUGCACGAAGUCCUCGUGCAACGCCGGCUGCAGGUUAUUCUCGAUAUCGUCGACUCGUCCGGCAUGAGUGUUGACGUGGUCUGGGUACCCACACAGCAAAACAUUGCUGAUCAGCUCACACGUGUCCCACCGCCGUUCCUCCGCUUUGCCCGCCAGACUGCGAAGAUGUCUGGCCCGAUUGGUGAUGCCGAUGUCGUUGGCGCCGCUGUCGCUGAUGAUGCCGCCUGGCGUGUCCUAACCCUGGGCGAGAUUGCCGCGGCGCAGCAGCAGGACGAGGUGAUUCCGGUUGUCGUCGAGGACCUUGUGGCCGGCCAUGCUGUCCGUUCGCCGGCAUUCCAGCGUGUUCAGCAGCAAUUGACCGUCGUGGAUGGCGUGCUGAUGCGGAGCGUCAAGCUACCCCCUAACGAGGUCAUGUCAGUACCAGUCGUGCCGAAUGACAUCGAAGAUGUCAGGACUUCAUCCGCCGCUGUCCCCCCUGUACGGCUGCAAACCCUCGUGGUGGCCCCGGUGUGCCACCGACACGACCUGUCUCCCGCCAACGGCCCCUGGAGUGUUGUCUCCAUCGAUACCUUGGAGCUUGGUGUCAGCCGUUCUGGUUACCGCUACGUACUCGUCUGCAUCGACCAUUUUACCAAGUGGGUCGAAGUUGUCCCGAUGAAGCGCCACUGUUCGGCGGAGGUCGCUGCUGCCAUGGUCUCUAUCUGCUCACGAUGGGGCGCGCCUGAGGUUGUGCGUAGCGAUAAUGGCACUGAGUUUGUCAAUGCCAUUGUGUCAGCCCUGUUCAAGUCCUUUGGCGUCACGGUCCAGCGGGGCGCUGUUCGACAUCCCCAGUCACAAGGUUCUGUGGAACGUUUCAACCGGACGCUGUUGACGAUCAUCCGCAAGACGCUCGAGGAUGAUGACGACUGGGAGACUGCCCUCGAGCUUCUGUUGUUCCACUACCGUUCUCGCCCGCACACCGCUACGAAGAUUAGCCCGAUGGAAGCCAUGCACGGCUGGCAGCCUCACCGUCUUCUCAUCGAACAAGAUUCCACUGAACUGUCCGACAGCGCCUGGGUGGACAAGUUGCAGCGGAAGUCUGCCCGCCUGCGCGAUCACCUCGAAGUUGAGCUAGCACGGCUUGACUUCCUCGAUGCUCCCGUGCCCGAGUGUCCAUACCCCGUUGACACUGUCGUCCUUCUUCGGCGUCCGGAGCGGCAUUCGAAGAUUCUCACCCCCUUCGAAUCUGGAUGGCACGUAAUCCGCAUCAUCUCCCCGUCGACAGUCCGUAUUGCCACAGCUGAUGGUCGCUCCAAGCUGGUGAACGUGGAUUUGCUGAAGAGAGAUCCACAGGCUCCUGAUGCGCAUGGCCCUGCCGACGCGCCGGCGGCAGUGGAGGCUGACGACCGGGACCCCGUUGUCCAGCUCGUGUUGCAGACGCCCCCGUACAUGAUGCCAUGCCUGACACGCCCGUCCAUGGCUAUGGUUUGCGCGACCGUUCCAGUCUGCAGGUCCCUGGUUGGUUCC